AUGAAGUCAUCUGACGGCUCCAAGGCACAUAUUGUCUUUACGAACUAUGAUACAGAUGAUGAUGGAUAUUGGACUGAAUCUAAUUUUAAAGAGUUUUUGGAGGAUUUGGGAAAGGGACAUAUAGGAGCAUCGAGAAUUAGAUCAUCUUUCUUAUUUCUAUGUACCACGGCUGAAUCCAAGAAGGCUAUGAAGAUUGAUGCUACACAAUUCUCACAAGGAUUAGCAGGCCUAUACGAACAAAACUUUGAUCCCAAACUGCCAUCGCCAACUGCUCCAUCAAGACCACAAUCAGUAGCAUCAUCAGUAGCAUCAGUAGCUGCGAAACCUGAAAAAUCACCUGCCAUGUCACCAACCACAUCACGUAAACAGAGUGCUGCUCCUCCAUCAAAACCUGCUGGUGCGCCUUCUGGAAACGAGUCGCCACGCUUGUCACGAGUCCCACCACCUGUGCCAGCCGACAGUGAACCGAAACUGGAAAAGAUAUUGAAUGGACGGUCGUUGGAGGAUGUGUCUGGGGCUAGUAAGACUGUCAGGCUGAAGAAACAGAAUGUCAUUAUCUCCCCAGAGGCUGCUGAUCCAUGGGAGUUAUGGACGAGUAUGGAGAAAGUAGGAGAGGGAUCUUAUGGCGAGAUUUUCAAAUGCAUCUCAAAAACAUCCCCACAAAUUGUCGCCCUAAAAGUUAUAGAUCUCGAAAAAACAAAAGACGAUCUAGACGACCUGCUAGCCGAAGUUGAUUUUCAAGCGAAGUGCAAUUCUCCUCAUCUAGCGAGAUAUUAUGGGUCUUGGAUGUGGGAUAACAAGUUGACUAUUGCUAUGGAGUUUCUGGGUGGCGGGACUGCAGAGGACGUGCUCAAGCAAAUCAAGUACUCUGAGGAUCAAUGUUCAUAUAUUCUCAGAGAAGUUUUGAAGGGUCUGGAGUAUAUGCAUACUAAUUGCAAGAUUCAUCGUGAUAUCAAAGCUGCAAACAUCUUGUUUGAUAACAACGGUGGUGUCAAGCUGGCCGAUUUCGGAGUCGCAGCUGCUCUAACGCAGAAAGAUCAGCUUCGAAACACAUUUGUUGGGACUCCUCUUUACAUGGCACCAGAAAUCGUCAUGUCAAUUGCCUACGACUACAAAGUCGACAUUUGGUCUCUCGGAAUCAUGGCCAUUGAAUUGGCUGUUGGCAGACCGCCCAAACAUGAUCAACAUCCUAUGGAUAUUUUGUUUGCAAUUCCUACCAGUCCACCACCUAAACUGGAAGGUGAUUUCUCUGCAGAGUAUAAGGAUUUUGUUAGAAGCUGUUUGGCAAAAACUCCCGUUACGAGACCGUCAGCGUCAAACUUGCUCAAGCAUCCAUUUGUAAAUAUGGAUCGAGACAAGUCGAUUAUCAAAAAAGAGUUGGAAGUUUGUCGUAUGAAGAGGAAUGCAAAUAAGAAUGAGACCGUUGGUAACAGACCAAAUACUGGUAACGACUGGUGGCAAUCCUACAACCAGCAGACAUCAGCACAAGGAGCCGGAGCCCAAAAGGGUGGAGCAAACAAGGGUCCAUCCAAGAAAGCUCAAGCAACAGUUCGUGCUGAUAUGGCUGAAAUCAAUCCCUCUGUAACCUACGGCAAGAAACGCGGAGCAGCAUCAAACCAUAAAAAUGGUGGCAAGAGCAUACCCGUCAUAAUUCAACCUGAAGCUCUCGAACCAGUAUCUGAUGAACAAGAAGAUGUACCGGCUCUACCGACCCCAAACCCAGAUAUACUUAGUGCAGCAGCAUUCAAGCAAGGUAGAACCGAAGCAUUAGCACGGAGAUUAUCCUCACAUGGUCCCGGACCGUUUGGGGGUGGACCAGCACCAUAUGGUUUGCCGACUGGGGCUGUACCUAUGCCUGGAUUACGGAAAUUGGAGCCAGGGCUGUCACCUGGUGGUACACCAGUAGCUAGUCAAAGGAAUUCUAGUGUUUCGCCAAUGUCGCCUAAUUCUCCUGCUUUUGCUGUGACGCCAUUAGCUCAAGCUGCGUCUCACGCAAAUUCGUUUUUCGACUCAUCGUCUAACGAUGAUGCACCACAGCAACAGUCUCGCCCUCAGUCUACACUAUUUGCACCAUCAUCGAACGAGUCAAACAAGCAACGUAAGCGGGCAGCAUCAACGGGCAUAUCUCAACAAUUGGCUGCUGUAGUAUCCAACAUUCAACCGCCUUCUACACCACCUCCCACAGGUGCGCACUCACACUCGAGAGGCGACGAUAGCACUGAUGAAGGACGUCGGCAAAGUAAACCAUCACCGUUAUUAACAGCAAGUGGUAAAAAAAUCCCUGCUGGAGCAAUGCAAGUACUCGGUGGCACACCGCCUGUAGUUCCACCACGAAUAGCCAAGACCGAGUCAUUCAACAGUAUAUCGUCGAUGGAUACUGGUAAACCGCUGCACAGUGACCCAAGUAUUUUGGUCUAUUUCGAUAAACCGGCUACGUUUAAUCUCGUUGAUGAGCUCAUGUCAUCCGAAACCAAGUAUAUUGCCAGUAGCCUACAGGGCGUCAUGGAUGUUUAUGUGAGGCCGUUGAUGAAUGCUGGUGGCAAGGUUGUGAAAGAGGAGAGUGUCAAGGUCAUGUUUGUGCACUUGGGACAUUUGCAUGCUUUUCAUUUAGAGUUAUAUAUGGCCAUUAAGGAUAUUAUUACGAGUGCGGGUACGAGGGAGAUUGAUGAUCUGUUGGCAAAGCAGUUUAUAUUGAAGGUUGCCAUGUUUGAAAAGAACUACGGAGCGUUCCGAGAUUUCUUAUGUGAAUCGCUAUGGGAGAUACACAAAAAUGUACGAGACAGUUCCAAGUUCAGAGAAUUCUGUCUACAUGCUCAAAUGGCUAAAGAGUGUGGAGGCAAGAGUCUGUUGGAAGUUAUGGUGUCGCCUGUUAGGAGGGUAGCGCAGUUCGUAUCUCUUUAUGAAGAAUUCGCACGGAUAACAAGACGGCCAGAAAUGUCGAAAGCAGUUGACGCCUUAAGUGAUUUGGCAGAUGAUCUGGUUCAAGCUAUUGAGAAUUGCAAGAACUUGUUUACUAUACUUAUUCAGGUUGCUGAUAUUCCACCUAAUAUAAUCGUGAAAGCUCAACAACAAGUCAUAAUAUCCGAACAAGUAGAGCGAGUCAAGAUGUCUGGAAACAAGGCCAAGAAACAAGGACCAGCACACCUCAUCCUAUUGAACGAUUCUCUUGUGGUGGCCAAGAUGGUUCGAGAUCCCGUGGAAGCCUUCCAAUGGACUUCACUGUUUGAGUUACGAGAAUUCAAGCCACCGAAACCACACCUCUCGCAUGAAGAGUUACUUGUCAGGAGUUUCUUGGAGGUCACGGAUGUUGAUGAUACCGCUGACGUCAAAAACAUAAUAAUGUUUGUGCAAAAAGUCAAGAAGGGCAAGACAUUCUACUUUUCAGUUGGGACAGUUGCUGCAAAGCAGAAAUGGUUGACUAGUAUGAAUGAGUCUUAA